AUGUACGAGAGUGAAAGUCUUAAAACGUUGGCCACAAAGCCCAUGAUGCGGAUGCGUUGCACGGGUGAAUUGGAUGGCUCCUGGCUUCCACUGAAGCAGGAUUGGAGCACUCGCUGGUGCUCACUGCAAGAAUCCUACAAGGAGGUGUGCGCGCAGCGAAUCCAUAACUUUGAGACUCGUGAGAGCGAUGUGUUUGUAGUGACCUUUAUGAAAAGCGGCACAACUUGGAUGCAGGAGCUGGCCUGGUUGCUACUCAACCAACUGGAUUUCAACAGUGCUAAAGGCAGCUUUUUAUAUUACCGUAGUCAAUUUAUAGAAUUUCUAAUGAACGACCCAUCGGGUAUAGAUACAAUAACUGCCUGUGAGAAGAUGAUCAGUCCACGUCUUAUCAAAUCCCACUUGCCAGCUCAACUGCUGCCUCGUGAAAUUUGGCAAGAAGGUCGUAAAAUAAUUUAUUUAGCCCGAAAUCCCAAAGAUGUUGUUGUAUCUAGUUAUCAUUUCUUGAAUGCCAUUACACUCUGGAAGGGUGACUUGGAUACAUUUGUCGAUGAGUUUGUGAAUGAUCAGAUUUGUUACACAUCCUACUGGUCACAUGUCAUCGACUUUUGGCGAAUGCGCAAUGAACCCAACAUUUUCUUUGCGACCUACGAAGAGAUGAAACGGGACCUAAGAAAUGUUAUUGAGAGAUUGUGCAAGUUUUUGGCAGUACCAAAUGUCGAAGAAGAGAUUAUGAAUCAACUUCUGCAUCACUUGUCUUUUGAUACCAUGAAAGGAAGUGAACAUAAUAAUCCGACUCGUCGAAUAAAGCAAGGUCUGAAGACGACUGAAGAUUUUGAAUUUAUGCGACGUGGUAUUGUUGGUUCCUAUAAAGAUGAGCUAAGUGCAGUGGCUAAGGAAAAAAUGGAUAAAUGGACAAAAGAUUCUUUGAAGGAUUAUGGUAUCACUGAGUCCGAUAUAUUUGGUGAAAUAUAG